CAGCCUGCGGUCGAACGGCAACGAAGGGAGCAGUGGCGCAAGCAGAAGGGGAGGCGAGCAUACGCCGCAAACAGCGCAUUCCAUCUACUGAGUGCUGAGCCGGAGGGGGAUUCCCACGCAGUUGCGAAGAGGGGACGUGAAAAGAGAAAAUGGUUUGCAUAACGUGAACGAGGACCGCCGAUUGACGGAGUAAAAUUUUAGCCAGCUGUAUGUAUUGGGAAAGUUACAUUUUUGGAGUUGCUGAGCGAUAUCACCAGGAUGCUACGCUGGAUACGGCAACAGCUGGGCUUUGCCCCGCCCCAUCUGAGUGACACAAGAACGGUUUACAUUGCUAACAGGUUUCCCCAGCAGGACCAUUAUGUGCCACAGAGGUUUGCAGACAACAGAAUCAUUUCAUCCAAGUACACCAUCUGGAAUUUUGUCCCGAAGAAUCUAUUCGAGCAGUUCAGAAGAAUAGCCAACUUUUAUUUCCUGAUCAUUUUUCUGGUCCAGCUCAUGGUAGACACACCUACUUCCCCUGUGACCAGUGGACUUCCUUUAUUCUUUGUCAUUGUUGUAACGGCUGUAAAGCAGGGUUAUGAGGAUUGGCUACGGCACAAAGCGGACAACGAGGUCAAUGGGGCCCCCGUGUUUGUGGUACGGAGUGGCAGCCUGGUGCACACCCGGUCCAAGAACAUCCGAGUUGGGGAUAUCGUGAGGGUGGCCAAAGACGAGACGUUCCCCGCGGACCUGGUCCUUCUGUCGUCCGACAGGCCGGAGGGGACCUGCCACAUCACCACCGCCAGCCUGGACGGAGAGACCAAUCUGAAGACCCACUUCGCAGUCCCGGAGACGGCUGCGUGCAGGGACGCGUCCCAGCUGGAGGCCCUGAGCGCCGUGGUGGAGUGCCAGCAGCCCGAGGCGGACCUCUACAGGUUUGUCGGGCGGAUGAUAGUGAUGCAGCAAGGGGAAGAGAUUGUAAGACCCUUAGGCCCAGAAAAUGUCCUUCUCCGUGGAGCAAGACUGAAAAACACCAAGGAAAUCUUCGGCGUGGCAGUCUACACGGGAAUGGAGUCCAAGAUGGCCCUGAACUACAAGUGCAAGUCUCAGAAACGCUCUGCGGUGGAGAAGUCCAUGAACACGUACCUGCUCAUCUACCUGGGCAUCUUGCUGUUUGAGGCCAUUCUCAGCACCAUCCUAAAGUAUGCCUGGCAAGCGGAGGGCAAGUGGGACGAGCCCUUCUACAACCAGAAGACUGAGCAGGAGAGGAACAGCAGCCAGAUUUUGAAGUUUAUCGCCGAUUUCCUGGCCUUCUUGGUCCUUUACAACUUCAUCAUCCCCAUUUCGCUCUACGUGACCGUGGAGAUGCAGAAGUUCCUGGGCUCCUUCUUCAUCGUUUGGGACCUGGACCUCUACCACAAGGAGAGCGACCAGAACGCCGAGGUCAACACCUCCGACCUCAACGAAGAGCUGGGACAGGUGGAGUACGUGUUCACCGACAAAACCGGCACGCUGACGGAGAACGAGAUGCGUUUCCGCGAGUGCUGCAUCAACGGCGCCAAGUACAUGGAGAUCAACGGCAGGCUCGUCCCGGAGGGAAUGAUGGCCGACUGUCUGGACGGCCCUUUGCCACAGCUGGGACGGGAGGAGGAGCUGUUCCUGAAGGCCGUGGCGCUUUGUCACACGGUGCAGAUCAGCUACGAUCACGUGGACGGGCGCAAGGACCACCUCGCGCACGCCAACGGGGCCUCGUCCCACAUGGAGUACUACGCCUCCUCCCCCGACGAGAAGGCUCUAGUGGAAGCUAUGAAAAGGUUGGGCGUAACCUUCAUGGGAAACAAUGGUGAAAACAUGGAAAUCCGCACUUCGGGAGGAUCAGAGAAGUAUAAACUGCUCCACGUUUUAGAGUUUGAUGCGAACAGAAGAAGGAUGAGUGUGAUUGUGGAAACCCCGUCAGGGGAGAAGGUGCUGUUCACUAAAGGAGCAGAGUCGUCCAUUUUUCCUCACAGCACGGGUGGAGAAAUGGCUAAGACGCGGGUCCACGUCGAUGAGUUUGCAUUGAAAGGCUUGCGCACCCUGGUGGUGGCCUGCAGGCGCUUCAGCGGGCAGGAGUACCAGGAGGUGGAGAAGAGGCUCCACUGGGCCCGCACCGCCCUGCAGCAGCGGGAGGAGAAGCUGGCCGAGGUCUUCGGCUUCAUCGAGAGGGACCUGGAGCUGCUGGGCGCCACCGGCGUGGAGGACAAGCUGCAGGACAAGGUGCAGGAGACCAUCGAGGCCCUGCGCCUGGCGGGGAUCAAGGUGUGGGUGCUGACCGGGGACAAGCACGAAACGGCGGUCAGCGUCAGCCUGUCCUGCGGCCACUUCUACCGCACCAUGAACGUCCUGGAGCUGCUGCAGCAGAAGUCGGACAGCGAGUGCGCCGAGCAGCUGAGGAAGCUGGCCAGGAGGAUCCAGGAGGACCAUGUGGUCCAGCACGGGCUGGUGGUUGACGGGGCCAGCCUGUCUCUCGCCCUGAGGCAGCACGAGAAGCUCUUCAUGGAGGUGUGCAGGAACUGCGCGGCCGUGCUGUGCUGUCGCAUGGCCCCGCUGCAGAAGGCCAAGGUGGUGCGACUGAUUAAAACAUCCCCUGAGAAGCCCAUCACGUUAGCGGUUGGGGAUGGAUCUAAUGAUGUCAGUAUGAUCCAAGAAGCUAAUGUCGGUAUCGGUAUCAUGGGCAAAGAGGGAAGACAAGCUGUGAGAAACAGUGAUUAUGCAAUCGCAAGAUUUAAAUUCCUGGCCAAAUUGCUGCUGGUCCACGGUCAUGUUUACUACAUCAGAAUAGCAACGCUUGUACAAUAUUUUUUCUACAAGAACGUGUGUUUUAUAACACCCCAGUUUUUAUACCAGUUCUUCUGUCUGUUCUCACAACAAACACUGUACGACAGCGUGUACCUGACCCUGUACAACAUCUGCUUCACCUCUCUGCCUGUGCUGGUGUACAGCCUGUUUGAGCAGCUGCUCCAUCCGCAGACGCUGCAGAGCAAGCCGGCGCUCUACAGAGACAUCAGUAAAAACUCCCUCCUGUCCUUCAGAAGCUUUGUGUACUGGACUCUUCUGGGGUUCUUCCAUGCCUUUGUCUUCUUCUUUGGUUCCUACCUUCUGAUGGGAGAGGACACCUCACUAUUGGGCAACGGACAGAUGUUUGGAAACUGGUCGUUCGGCACGCUGGUUUUCACCGUAAUGGUCGUCACCGUCACGCUGAAGCUGGCCCUGGAGACGCACUUCUGGACCUGGAUGAAUCAUUUGGUCACGUGGGGCUCCAUCGCCUUCUUCUUCAUCUUCUCCUUCUUCUACGGAGGAAUCAUCUGGCCCUUCCUCGACACACAGGACAUGUACGGCGUCUUCACCAAGCUGCUGUCCAGCGGCUCGGCCUGGUUCUCCAUCAUCGUCAUCGUCGUCACCUGCCUGUUCCCCGACGUCAUCAAGAAGGUCCUCUACAGGCAGCUCAGACCCACCAGCACUCAGAAAUCCCAGAUGCACUCCGACGCGGUUGCCAUAGGCGACGACCUCAUCGCCCUGCAGCCGCUGUCCAGAGCCAGGACUCAGCUGGGGAAGAUUAGCUCAUGGAGACCUAUCAGCGCUGCGGUAGCUUGGAUACGGCGCACCGUUUCCCGGGGGGUCCGAGCCUGCGCGAGCGGCUGGGGCGGGCGGCGGAGCGGGUGAAGGGGGCCCUGUGAGACCCCGCCCUUUCCCUCGGCUGCCUCUGCCGCGGCUGCCACGGCCACACGCUGGAGGGGGGGGGAGCUACACGACUGACCCCGCCCCUCCAGAGGAGGAUGGCACACCGCAGGCUUCUCUGACGCUACAGCAGGACUCCGGACCAGGCCUCAGGCCUUUCUGUUGUUCUGGAAACCUGAGUAUGGUGCAUAAUCUGUGGCAGGAGAGAUCCAUGUGGUACAUUCAUCUCGUGGUGCAUACAAUGCAGACCUGGGUCAGAUAAUUAUCUGAAUACUUCCUUUUAGACACUCGUAGAAUUGCCAUAAACUACCGCAGGAUUUUUGGUUAAAAGUUUUGGUCAUUAACAUAUUUCAUUUGAAUUCCUAAGGAAAUGCAGGAGGGUUUUCAAGUGUUACCAGCAUCUAAAGAAGUAUUUUUGUACACAUCUGACGUAGGUCUUGAACAUUGUGGACCUGCCUGCAGUGACCAGCCCAUUUUGGGUCUGAUUGUAAUGUAAUGCAAUUUUAAUGUGACCUGACCAAACUUUUUCUUCAUGUACCUUGUCUUUGCUUGUCUGCCGGGGGUGGUUUUGGUGUCUCUGGUCGUCUGGGCCUAUCGGCUUGCUUAUAUUUGUUUCUCCCAUGGUCCUUACAGAGUCAUGGUUUAAAACCUAAGAUCUGCACUGCAAACGUAUGCCUUUUAUUCUUCAAAUGGAGGUGACUGUUUUUAUUUGCCUAGUUUUUUUUUUUCUAGUUCUGAACUUUAAUUGAAAACCAGUCCCUGUUAAUGAUAACUGGAACUGGUACACGCAGGUGCCCUUUAACGACGGGAGCUUUUCGAGAGGUCGUCCGGUUCAGCGGGGCAAAGGAAACGUGGCGCGGCCUUUUGUAAACCGCCGCGCCCAUCGCUCUCGGCCCUCGCUCAAACGUUGGGCUUCAUUGGCUCUCGUGGGGCGGGAGGGUGCGGGGAGACAGACAAACUCGCUUAACUCAUUACGCUGAGCUCCUGCCGGGCCGACAUCGUGAGCCCGCUGUAAUCCCGUUAACGCGCAGUGAGACUGCAGCCCGGAAAUGCCUUAGCUUGUCCCGCAAGCAACAGCUGUCAUCCUCACGGGCACGCGAAAGAGGGAAUCAUUGUUUAAAAAAAAAAACAAAACCCAGAGCAAAGUUUUUUUUUUGUUGGACGCAACAAGCAUUUUUAAAUCAAACUCAUAAAGACCAUGUCCUGUACUUGCUGCCUGCUUGAACAUCCAUCAAAAUUCUUGUCUUGGGUUUUGUUUUCAAAUACCAUUUGUCCCAGAGAAUUAAAAAAAAAAAAGUAGCUUCUAACUUUUAUGGGUUCAUAAAUGUAAAAUGGUAGCUUGUUAAAUUGGUGAUGCUGUUAAAGGAAACACCUGGGUGGUUUAUAAAUGCUACAGUAGUGUUUUUCACAGCCUAAAUAAGAUAUCAUGCUAAGGAGGAGAUAGACUGGAAAUGUGGCUCUAAAAAAGUAUUGCAUUUGUAUAAACUUGAACCCUUAUUUAUAAUGAAAACAUUUGGCAAUCACAUGACAGGUGCCUUUGGUGCUGUGUGUUUUGGUUGCUCAGUUUUGACUGCAACUGUAGGUACUUCCCGUAUUUUUUAUUUUAUUUUUUGGCAGAAAAAUACUCUGAUUUGGCUGUUUUUCUCCUCUUUAUGCAUGACCAAACAGACUAAAAAUCACAUGACGUUCCGUCUCUAGAUACAGGCCUAUGCAUUGCUAAUGUCUCAUCAACAGAAACAUUUCUAACAUCUCCAUGUACUGUGUGUACAGUUUGGGUUGAUUGGAUGGGUUUCAAGUGGGAAGGUCUUCAAACUGUGUAGUCAGUUUAGACAAUCUUACAGACCAUGUAUGCAGAUACAAACUGAAAUAGACAGUUGAAUUCACUUCUCCAUAUCUGCAAGAUCUUACAACAGUUACCUGAAAGGUAAUUGCAAUGUGUGUGACCUGCUGUGGUCAAUAAUGGAGUUAGGACUUUAUCCUGAAAGUUCUAACGCACCAAAUCGUAUAUAUAUUAUUGUAAUUACCAUUGCCACCUUUAAAAUAUUCAGAAUGGAAUGGAUUAAGUAAUAAAUGUAUGUGGGGUUCAGUUUUGAAUAGGUCAUAUCCCCCUGGUGGUUGAAUCUGGUAUUGAUAUUUUCCCUGGUGCCUUACAACUAAUAGUGGCUUAUUUGUAAUUAUUAAAUAUAAAUUUGUGUGAAAUACAUUUUAUGUAGGUGUGUUCCUUUUUUGUUUUUUUAAAACAGACUUUAAUAAAGCCAUAUAUUUAAUUCGUAUUUUUAUAGCUGUAGUUUAUUAUAUUUCACAACUGGGACCAACUGCCUUUAAUGCUGAUAUAUUUUUAAGAUGCAAGAAUAUGUCAUAGGUGACAGAUUAAAAGUCUUUUUUUAUUUUUAUUUUUUUUACAAGUUUCUGACAGAAGAUUAGGGUGCAUCAGAUCAUAUCACCCAUAGCUGUAUGACACACAGAUUAACCACCCAGAACUAAUCAGGGCUGCCCAAUUAUGUUAUUGGAGAUCUACUGUUUUGUAGGUUUUCAUUUUAAGCCUAAUCUGGCACAUCCGUUUCUACUAAUUAGCAGCUCACUGAGAGCUCUGACUGUUGAACGAGGUGUGCUUUAUUAGGGCUGGAGGAAAAACCUACAGGACGGUAGACCUCCAGGAACAGGGUUGGGCAGUCCUGAACUGAGUCUUCUUUACCCACAGGCCUGAAUUCAAACCCAUUGCUUUUCACUUUCUCCUCUUAUUUCAAUAGGCUCAUUUCUCAUCUCAUUUCAGCAUGUAAUCAACUUCUACUUUUUGUUACAAGACUUUUUGGGUUUGGAGGCUGUUGGAAAGAAUAAACCAUGUUGCAAGAAAUGAAAAAAGUUGAACUUGAAAACUCAAAGGAGAAACCGUCUUGAAGUCACAUGUGCUAUUAGCGAUGCCCAUUCACCUCCAGUCUUUUUAUAUGUACCAUCCUCCUGUAUAUUGAAGUGUUUAAAUCACCUCAGGCGUAUUCUACCUGUAAGGCUGGAUCAUCCUGGUGCCCUUUCCCUGUCAAGGCCAUUCAUUGCUGGUGUGUGCGUGCAUGCGUCUGUUCUGUUCGGCACUCGCACAAACCCGCUUGUGUCGUUUCUCAGCAGUUGUUUUGGGGUUGAAGCCCCUUCGGCCAGAGUUGCCGAGGAAUGCGAGGUCAUGAUACCCUUUUCCGGAACCUGCCAGGGCAGAGGUAUUCCUCACCUUUGUUACAGCUGAAUGCAAGCUUGCAUGCGCCAGUGUUUUCAUAUCAAGGCCGGUCUGAGGGAGAAUCGGUGAACCGAUGCACCUCUGUUUAUUGGGUAGGGUCCAGAUCACUGUAAUGAGGCUCGUGGCAUUUCGUAACACGACUGUUUUCAACUUUGCAACUAGGAUUUUUGGCUUUUAACUUGAAAACCACUGCCAGCCAAACCCAAUGCUGCCAGAUACCGAAGACCUUUGGUCCCACGGUUACAGGAGCUGUAAACCCUCUAGUUUGUGGGAUACGUGGUAGUUUAAUGUAAAAUACCUCUUACCUUUAAGUGUGGAGGCACUUAAAGAUGCUGCUCAAUCAGUAACAUGAUUCCAGUCACACACGUGUGUGCUUUCUGUACCAAACCUUUUGAUGAUGCCUUUGUGGUUUGAUUUUUUUCACAUGAAUAUAGCAUAUCAAUCAGAUCUAUUCGUAUUAUGAAUUGGUAGAAAAUACAUGCUAAAGAAUGUCGAGAUUAAUUGUUAAUUGCUUAAGUGUAUUGCUUAACUGCCAGAUAAAUUAGCAAUAAAAACCAGCAGGACCCGUUUUUGAAUUCAUCAACUUUUUCAUUUUUAUUGUAAUCUUGUUGGUUUUCCUGUUCACAUUUCAGAACAGCUGUAUUUAUGGAAUGGACUUGAAUAAAAUGUUACUUUAUGGAAGCAUCACAAUUGAAUAUCUACCACUCGUGUGCAUUUGUAGACUGCUAUAGUUUGUUUUUAUUUGAUAAAAAAAUGUAUUUUGUUUAAUUGCACCCAUUCAGUAUGAGGCUGAAACUGCAAAAGAUCAAGUCGAAUAGCACUCAGUAAAAUCAAAGUUUUAUUCACAACAUUUUACCAGGCCAAUGAUUGCAGGCUGUCAACAUAUUAGUCAUCAGCUACAUUUUAAUUUGCAUGAAUUUAUGCAACUUCAGAAAAUUGUGUGACUUUUGGAAAUGAGCAUUGGUUUAGUGUAAUCAUUAGUCGUCAAACUAAUGUUAAACAACUUCAUAAACAUACUAAGGAGGACUAGUGUCACUAAAUAUAAUAACUGGUCCAAGCACAUAUUAUGGCAAAUUUGAAUGUCAUACUAGUCUUCCAACAGUCAUUUCUGCACACCUCUAUCAUAAACAUACAAACUAUGUCUUAUAGAGAUAAAACAUUUAUCCUGAAGAAUAUCCUGGAAAAGCCUCAUUUCAAAGUGGAACACUUCCUUGAAGAUUUAUCAUUCCUGUGUUGCUUGCCAGAAAACCUUAACUGAAAAUGUGCUCUUAAUAGGAUUUGGUUAGGCUUUCACACAAAAGUCCCGAGAUCAUUCAGGUUUGCUCAUCAGUUCAGCUUUCACCUCAGUAGAAAACUGGGACUCAAGUGUGCGUUCUGUGAAUGCUGUGUUCAAGUUCACUAAACAGACUUAAUAUAUAAGCCGAUUCACGGAUGUGCAUCACCGUGUUCAACAGAUUGCAAAACUUGUAUUGUCUAGUUUGUGACAUGAAAGGGUGCAUCAGCAAACCUCAAAAUCUCACAGAUGUCAUUUUGAAUUCACUGACACACUAUAAUAUGUAAAUGCAGAAAAUGGAAGGAAUGCCUCAACAUCAAAUAGGUCCCUAUUGCUAGCUUUGUUUUCAAAUCAGAGCAUGUGUUCAUUCUGGUCAUGUAGGGUUUUGAGAUCAUUUAGUAAAGAACUGCUUGAAUUCUAGUAUAAAACUUUGCACUCAAUGGCAGCACCAUAGAUUCCAAUACAGAGGUAAACACUAGAGUGACUUUGUAGCUUGGUAGUUUUGUGCCACAAAAUGGAGAGCUCUAUACUGUAUGCUGUUUUUUGCAUUGGAAUUGCUAAAAUCUGAAUGAUCCCAGCAAUCAUUGCUUAGCAAAACUGAGAGGAAGCACCAAACUGGCUCAUUCUACAAUGAAAUGCUAAAUGUUAUCCUGAAUGCCUGAAUUUGCUUUUACCAAAUUACUUUUAUUGUAAAUAAAAUAAAAAAUAAAGAUUUUUUUACAAGUGAUUAGGGAAAAGUUGCAUUCCCUUUCCAAUGGACAUUGUCCGCUACUAAGGUUUGACUGCAAUCAUAUAUACACAUUAACAACACACAAAUUAUUUGACAGUUUUAUUUGUCUUUCUUAAAACUUGAAAAACAAUUUAAAAAAAGAUAACUGAAGUGAUUUGCCUUCCUGUCAUACACAAAGAUCUCAGGUAUUUCAUUUAAGCACCCAGGCCUUCGAGCUUCAACCGAGCCUACUCUGCUUAUACUGAAGAGAAUGUCCAUCGUAUCCAAGAGUGAUCUUCACAAUACUAUAUCGAUUCAGCAGGUGGAAUUGUCAAUUCACUGUGCAACAAACUGCAGUUUAAUAGCAUUUAGCAGCGGGUGCUGUAUCAAAACAGUAUUUACCUAUUGUUGUUUGCAAAAAUUAAUAUUCUAAAAGGUACAAAUUCAUAAUUCUCUUUUGUACAUAUCAAGUAAUGUUAAAACACAUGAUUCUAGGUUUAGUUACAUAAAGGCUUUGACAGAAACUCUUAGGCCUGAUUAUACCCAACCACAGUGCUCUCUGUACUUGACUGAGUAACAAAUUUUACAAUGGAUUUUUUUUUUUUUUAUCACUUAAUACAUUAUGGAUUCCGCAGCUUCUUAAGUUAACACUCAUGAAAUUUGCUUAAAUUCAUUGCUCAAAGUUAAGCACAGAGUACACUGUGGUUAUACUGAACCUGGGCCUAAGAUUCACACAAGCACACAAAAAUAACUACAGUAGGGUGACGAUACACUGCCAUUUCAGAUACGCCAAAUUAAAGCAUUACCUACACAAACCAUGGAUUUACUCCGAUGAUGUUUGCUCAAAAUAAAAAUGGUACAAUCAAUGUUCUAUCACUUAAAUAUUUUAUAUAUUUUCUUAAAAAAAAAAACAUGGGGGAAAAAAAAAAAACCCAACUCCAGAAUGCACUUAGAGUACUGAAAGGAAAUUACCGUACGCGACAUUCAUUAACGGGACCUUGUUUUCGAAACACGCGGCUGUGCUUAAGGAAAUGACGGGACGGGCGACUCCAGCCCAGGAGGAGGGGGGCCCAGAGUCCAGCAGGUUACACACUUGCCUCCAUUUUAGAAUCAGUCACACCCUGAACAAGUGGCACGUAAAGUCCCUAUCCAAAUGACGAGGGGAUUCAAAAAAAAAAACGAACAAAAAAAAAUAAAAAUAACGCGACUCCCCGCAGCCCUGGGGGACUCGAGAACCCAAAAUCCGGUGUGAGUAACAGAAGCUGCGGACGUCGGCAAACAAACGCCGAAACGAACGUCGAACAAACACCAAAGGAACGUUGGUAUAAAGAACAAUAGGUAUGGUGGUCCACGAGUGUCUUCAGCUGGCUGGGUGAUAUUAAAAAAAAAUGGCCCAUUCUACAGACUGAAGCCCAGAACACCGUUGGAUGACCGAGGAGAUAUGCCUUUAAAAAUGUCUCUUUUUUUUUUCUCCCCUUUUCAGGCUCGCUCGUGGGGCUGAAAAGGCAGGACUUAUUUCCCCGUAGUCCGGUCCUGUUCUCCUGACUGCCGUCUAGAUGGAUCUAUGUACAGAGUAUGUACACGCCUCCCGAGGGCUUUCGCAGGGGCUAGACCGUCGUGCUUUUUGUCCCGACUUGAGGUCGCGCGAACUCCACAAAGUCGUCAAUGAGAACCGGCCACGCCCCUACGGUCGAAAGAAAACUGGGGUUAGACGUCAACCAGACCUGGGUCAAAUACAUAUUUACAAUACUUCCAUUCUUUAGACCAGUGGUCUCCAAACCUGGUCCUGGAGAGCUACAGGGUCUGCUGGUUUUUGUUUUCACCUUAAAAUCAUGCACCCAAUUGAGACCCAAGACACCAGGUGAGUUGAGUUGACUGUGUAAUCAACUGCUCUAAUUGAUUCAUGAAGUGCAGAGUCACUAUGAAAACCAGCAGACCCUGUAGCUCUCCAGGACCAGGGUUGGAGACCACUGCUUUAGAUGCUGGUUAAAAAAAAUUCAGAACCCUGCAUGUACAAUAAUUUAACAUUUUAAAAAAAAGGUUUUGAUUAUUGAAAAGAGAUGUCUUAAAUUGUAAGUCAUCUGCAGCUAUAUUUUACAGGUGUACAAGUAUUUCAAAUAAUUACUUGACAUACACCUGAUGGCAACACAGAACUGGCUUUCCAGCCCCAAGAGCAGAAGACACUGUCGUUUUAAUUGAACGUUCAUGAUCGGUUUCAGCUUCAGAAUUGUGUUCAGAUGCUUUUCACAGAGGUGCUCUAAAAAUGAACCAGAUCAUGUGUACUAUCUCAGUAGAUGUAUGUUUUCAGCUGUUUAUAUGUUACACAAUUCUUUGUGCUGUGGGGUACAAAUAUAUACUUGCUAUGUAUAGCUAUACAUUCUUAGGGCUUCAUAGCUUAACAUCCAGAACAUAGUGGCUCAAAGAUUUCAGGCACACAGGUUCAUGGCAUUUUUUGACCUGACUCACAGCAAGUACUCUGCUACAGUGUAAACCUGCCCCACCUUAGGACUUGAAACCUGCAACCUUCCAAUCCUGAGUCAACAACCAUUAUUAUGGCUUCUGACAGCCAAUGCUUGAGUAUUACGUCUGCACAGCAUCUGGCCGGUUUCAGUUAAUCAGGUCAGAACCACCACUCUAACACAUCAAACUUGCCACUGGAACAUAUAAACACACACAUAUGCUCCUACGAUAAGAGCCUGUGCACGUGUCCCCAUAGCGUGGGAGACCAAAGGGAAUGUGAAUGUGCGCAGCCUUACGAACCUUCUUCAUCAUAAUUGGACAUGUCAUCGGUUAUCAUUGUGCUAAAGUCUAACAGGAGGUUCCAUGUGUCUUUUGGUAUUGAUCUUUUAUGGUGUUCC